AUGACGAAGCUACAAUACUUCAUCGGUGCACUCUUGGCAUCGUCGGUUUUGGCAUCGCCUUGGAACCGAGGCGUGAAGCGUGGAGAAGACCAUGGCAACUCGGGAUAUGGAGGAGGUGGAGGAGGAUGGUCGAGCUCGAGCUCGCCACCUGCCUAUGGGCCUACCACAUGGGCAACGACCUGCGAGGCAUCGACCAUCACGAUCCCUGUGACCGCGUAUUCGACGUCUGCCUAUACUAUGUACAACACAUAUACGACGACGGAGACCAGUACAGCACCUGGGACGACUGCGACUUCGACAUGCUACGUUACGCUUCCACCCAGCACGACCACGACCACUACUACAUACUACCCACCACCCUCAAUCUCGACCGCGUGGAGCUAUCAGACCAUUACUUAUGAUUCCACUUCGGUGGUGACAUCCACCGAGACAGUGAUUUCUUCUGCUUCUUGCUCAUCACAAUACACCAAGCCUUGGAGCUAUCCUACCAUCAGCACAUCCUGUCCACCUCCCACGACUCUCACAGUCACUUCAACAGCACCACCGUACUACCAAACUUAUACCGAGAGCUACACGGCGACUUGUUCGACAUCUCCAUGGUCUGCCAGUACCAUUACAGCCACGAUUACCGAGUCUGCUACGUGCUCGACGACAACGACCUGGGCUACGCCACCUGUCUACACUACACCAAGCACGACUUGGGCUACGCCACCUCCUUACACUACCUCUACUAGUUCAAGCACUACCACUUGGGCUACGCCACCUGUCUACACUACCUCCACCUCUAAUUCAAGCACCACCACUUGGACCAAGCCACCUGCCUACACUACUACUAGUUCAAGCUCGACUUGGACCAAGCCACCUGCCUAUACUACUACUACCACUACUACUAGUUCAAGCUCGACUUCAAGCACUACUACUUGGACUAAGCCACCUGCCUACACUACUACGAGUUCAAGCAAUACCAGCUGGGGAGGCUAUUCUCCGAGCGCAUACUCGUCUUCUAGCACCGCGUGGUAA